CGACAGAGCAGUGGGUCCAAGGGGCAUGUCGGAGAUUGACAGCCUGUUCAGUGCGCUCGGAGAGACGGGCGAUGUGGACGCAGAUCUGAGCAUUCUGGAGGCCCUUUGUGGUCUUGAGGGCGUUGAUGCCUCUGCCGCCGCUGCCGCCGCUGUUGAAGAAGAGCAAUCGGACGAUGAUGAGGACGACUCUUUCGAUGGAGAAGGGCAGCCGCGAAAAAAGCGGGCACGGCGGACGCGUACAGAACUCAAUGAAAUUGAAAAGCAGCGGACCCGUCGAAUCAACGAGCAGAUCCAGUCGUUGCGCUCUCUUCUCGAGGCUUCAGGUUUAAACACCAAAAAGGACAAGUUUUCAAUCUUAAAGAAUACCACGGAAUACUUAAAGAAGCUUAAACUGCUUCUAAAUAAAUCGCAAGCUCAAAUUCAAGCGCUGGCAGCCAACCGGAGGGCAGCCGCCGCGACAGCCGCAGCAGCUAAAGCCGCAGCAGGUGCAGCGCCCACUCAGGCCUCGACGUCCAUCAUGCCAGUAUCGCCGGGAAAUGCGCUGGGAGACACGAAGUACUACGUGGAAGUAGACUCGAACGCGGGGAAAGAGAGCAGCAACGGCUCGUUGCCCUCCGGGCCAGCUCUGGGGAUGAUGAUCCAGCGGCCCCCCAUCGCCCCCGGCACCCUGGUCGAGGCGGGGUCGUGGGCGCCGAACAAGAAGAGCGCCGAUUAUGCGCUCAUGUUCCAGAAUGCCUCCAUCGCCAUGGCGGUCGCCAGUCUAGACGGGAAAUUCGUCGACUGCAACUCGGCCUUCUCCAUUAUAUCCGGGUAUUCGAACGGAGAAGUCCUGCAGCGCUCUGUGUUUGACUUGACCCCGGCGGAGGACUGUCAGGAGCUGAUGGGCAUCGUGGGCAAGAUGAUGGAGUCGCCCGCUGAGUCCGCGAAACAUUUUUGGAAGCGCUGCUGCUUCGAAAACCGCGACUGCCACUGCUUCGUCUCCAUGUGGCUGGUCCGCAAGGCUUCAGGCGAGCCGGUCUUCUUCCAGUGCGCCGUCUUGCCUCUGGAAGACUACCCCAUGGCCUCCAAAUCCGUCACUCACGACGCCUCCUCUGUCCCCGAUGACGGGAACGCUAUUGCGGGACCGGCGGGGGAGGGGGAGGGCUACCUGGCAUUGGAGGAUCGUGUGGAAACCAGCGAGGCAAAUGCCCUUUUGCAACCGCCACAGCAGCAACUCGAGCACGAGCGGCAAGAGAUGCCGUGCGAGACCGAGAAACAAAGAGUCAUGGAAUCUGCACUGGACCCGGCGCUGGAUUCUGGAAACGCUUAUUUGCAGGUACGCGACGACGGCGAGACCUCUCUGGACACAAAGUAGAAGGAGGCGUUGAAGUGAAGGGGAAGAGGGCUCUGAGGCGAGGGAAGAGGACGGAGCAGAAUUGCAAGAAGGAAGGACCCACUAGAGGAUGAAGAGGAAAGAUAGUCGGGGCACAUGGUCGUGCCUCACGUUUCAAGCGCCAUAAAAGGGGUCUCGCCCUCACUUUCAUGUAUGUAUGUAUAAGGAGACAAACAGGCUGCGAAAAGGCAGUACUGAUGAAAAAAGGGAGAUCGAGUCUUCAACGAAAGGUAUGGGUGCCAUGGUUUAGAGAAAAUUUAACCAUGUCGUGACUAAAAAGCUUGAGUGGCAGCAAGCUUCGCUGACAUGAGGCCGCAAAGCCUUCCAAGGGGUCGCACCGUGAGAAAAUCAUCAGACGCCCAAAGCAGAUUGAUGAAAAACGGGGACUUAAUGGAGCGAAGGGUUUCAUUGAAGUUUGAAUGGCAUCAUCGAAAGUUGAACGCUUUAAUUGAAAUGUAAUGUGUGAAAGGAAAGACGGCGGGAAAGCUGGGCUGGCCGUGGGCGGUGACAGGGCUGAGCGAGUGCGCGAAGGGGAGCGGUCCACGGCUGCUGAAUAGUGAGGUGUAUGGAUCAGCACGCGGGUCUUGACUUGAUGAUGUAUUUAUUUCAAUCUGUACUUGAGCAUGACGGAAAUUACUGCAGGACUUGCAAGGCGACCGAGUUCCCCCUAGAUGUGGGUUAGACGUCUGGAUGCGAAGGAGGCGGGCAGUGAAGUGCGAUCGCGUGGUAUUUUCGCGUGCCAUGAGGGGGUGAGGUGCUGCUACACACGAGGACCCGACAUCGGGCGAGGCGUUGUGCAGCAACGAAAGAAAAAAACACACGCAAGAA